UUUCCGAGAAAACGUAACCACAGGUUCUCGCAGCAUCUGCCCGUCCAUAGAGCACUGGCAAUCCUCGCCACACCUCUUCUGUUUCCUCCCUGAAUCGAGAUGAUAAGAGAGGUCCCGGUUCACAUAAAUUCUCUGGUGGAUCUCAUAAAUCCACCUCAACUGCGAUGAAAUACUUUCGUUUUCUUUGCAGAGUAAAACUCCCUCGACCUCGCCUUUUCUCCACAAUUUUUUAGCUCAAGCAUCGCUUAUCCCGCCCCAAGGGCGCCUUGCUGCAGAAAAAAGGUGGCUUUUUGCUCUCGGAUUCGGAGAUUUUUUGAAUUUUGUUGGACUCAUUGAAGGAUGCUGUCACUGACGUGCCCGAGCGUGGAUCUUAGUCAGAGCGGCUGCUUGGGACGGCGGCGCGUGCGACCUCCGUGGAGGUCGAGCGCGGCACGCAGCGUAGGUGCUCGGUGCAUGGUCUCAACGACCCAAGAUGAUGUCCGGAGCGGCGGAGUGGCAACGAGCGUGAAGCCUGCAGUGUCUAGCAGUGGCUCUAUCCAAGUUUCUUCUUUGCUUGAAGUGGUUUCUGCUGACAUAAAGAGGCUAAAUGAGAACCUAAAGGCGCUCAUUGGUGCGGAAAAUCCAGUUCUCGUAUCUGCAGCGGAACAAAUAUUUGGUGCUGGUGGAAAGAGGCUUCGACCAGCUUUAGUCUUCCUGGUUUCAAGGGCGACUGCUCAAAUAGCUGGCUUGAAGGAACUAACUGUCCAACAUCGACGUUUGGCAGAGAUAAUAGAGAUGAUUCAUACUGCAAGUCUAAUACACGAUGAUGUCAUAGAUGACAGCGGGAUACGAAGAGGGAAAGAAACCGUUCAUCAAAUUUAUGGGACUCGAGUGGCUGUCCUAGCCGGAGAUUUCAUGUUCGCACAAUCGUCUUGGUACCUUGCAAAUCUCGAAAACAUUGAAGUGAUAAAGCUCAUUAGUCAGGUUAUCAAGGACUUCGCGAGCGGCGAAAUAAAACAAGCAUCGAGCCUCUUCAACUGUGAUGCAACUCUUGAAGACUACCUACUCAAGAGCUACUACAAGACCGCAUCUUUAGUUGCCUCAAGCUCCAAGUCUGCUUCGAUAUUCAGUGGUGUCAACAUUGUUAUAGGUGAACAAAUGUACGAAUAUGGGAAGAACCUCGGUCUUUCAUUCCAGAUAGUCGAUGACAUCUUGGAUUUCACCCAGUCAACAGAACAGUUAGGGAAACCUGCUUGCAGUGACUUAUCAAAAGGGAAUCUGACUGCCCCAGUUAUUUUUGCUCUGGAAAAGGAACCGAAACUAAGAAAAAUCAUCGACUCCGAGUUCAGUGAAAAUGGCUCAUUCGAUGCCGCAAUUGAGCUGAUUCAUCAAAGUGGUGGGCUCAAGAUGGCUCAAGAGCUAGCAAAGCAGAAAGCUGAAGUGGCUAUCGGAAAACUUGAGUGCCUUCCCGAGAGUGAGUUCAAAAACUCUCUUGAGGGGAUUGUAAAAUACAACCUUGAACGGAUUGACUAGAAGUUCAAAUUGUCAAUCAUCAUUGAAGUUGAGCAUACAUGCAAGGUUCGAAAGACCGCAAACCGCCCUCGGAAAUGAAUUGCUUGCUGAAUGGAGAUGGAAUGGUCUUAUUGUUUGAGCACAUAAAAGUCUUCUACAUGGCUGCAUAAAUACAUUGAUGAUUGAUGUAACAUUGAAUUCAUAGCCUCAUUCUAGAGAAGGCUGAAAUGUAUAAGGAAAAUAGGUAGUGAAUUUCAUAUUGUAGUAGUAAAAGGAAAAUUUAUCGAGUAGAGGCUGAUGUGUAUAGUAAAAUUACAGAACUCAGUUUUCAGAUGCUCCCCUAAUGCUUUUUCA